GAGCUAACAAAUCCCCUCUCCCGGAGCACUUUCCUCGAGAUUUCGCCCACCAAGCAGAAAUUUUCCAAAAAAUAAAAUCUCCCGCCCAGGGCUGAAAACUGAAGAAGUUUUCUUUGGAAAAGAAGAGUCGCGGCGAGGCCGACGACGCUCCCCGGACACGCAGGCCACCCGGCCCAUCCCACCCCCCUGCGCGCCUCGGGCCCCAACUCCUCGCCCAAGGGACAGCUGGCUGCCGGGCGGGCACCAGACACAAAGCCGAACAGUCCGGCCGGGGGCGGGGGCCGGGACCGACCCGAACGCUUCCCUUCCCAGCCUGCAGCACCUCUCUCUUAGGACCCUGCGGACACCUCAUCUUCGCCCACGCCCUCUCCUCCAGCCCCACCACCCUUGAAAAAGAACCGCUAGACCCCGUCCCGACGCGGGGAGACCUGCCACUCGGCGGCCCUCGACACUGACACCGGCGCUGGACCCGCCCCUCUGCUUCCUCCCCUCGGGUGCCUCCCGAGCUCCGCAGCCCCAGGAGGGAGGGUCGGGGUUGCUCCGAGCGCUCCUGCCCCGCGACCCUUGGCCACGCACCGCGAAGAUGGCGAGGGGCCGCCACCGCCUCCUGCUGCUGCUGCUGCGCUACCUGCUGGUCGCCCUGGGCUAUCAUAAGGCGUAUGGAUUCUCUAUACCAAAGGACCGCGAAACAGUCACAGCAAUAGAGUACCAAGAGGUUAUUUUAGCCUGUAACACCCCAAAGAAGACCACUUCCUCCAGAUUAGAGUGGAAGAAACUGGGACGGGGUGUCUCCUUUGUCUACUACCAACAGGCUCUCCAAGGGGAUUUUAAAGAUCGAGCUGAGAUGAUAGAUUUCAGUAUACGGAUUAAAAAUGUUACAAGAACUGAUGCUGGGAAGUACCGUUGUGAAGUUAGUGCUCCGUCUGAGCAAGGCCAGAACCUGGAGGAAGACACAGUCACUCUAGAAGUACUAGUGGCUCCAGCAGUUCCAUCAUGUGAAGUGCCCACUUCUGCUCUGAGUGGAACUGUGGUAGAGCUACGAUGUCAAGAUAAAGAAGGGAAUCCAGCUCCUGAAUACACAUGGUUUAAAGAUGGCAUUCGUUUGCUAGAGAAUCAAAGAAUUGGCUUACAAAGCACCAACAGCUCAUAUACAAUGAAUACAAAAUCCGGAACUUUGCAAUUUAACACUAUUUCCAAGCUGGACAGCGGAGAGUAUUAUUGCGAAGCCCGUAACUCUGUUGGACAUCGCAGGUGUUCUGGGAAGCGAAUGCAAGUAGAUGAUCUCAACAUAAGUGGCAUUAUAGCAGCAGUAGUAGUUGUGGCCUUAGUGAUUUCUGUGUGUGGCCUCGGAGUGUGCUAUGCUCAGAGAAAAGGCUACUUUUCAAAAGAAACUUCCUUCCAGAAAGGUAGUUCUGCAUCUAAAGCCACCACAAUGAGUGAAAAUGAUUUCAAGCAUACAAAAUCCUUUAUAAUUUAAGAGAAUUCCACUUUUGAUAUGCCAAAACCACAGUUGUUGUGCAAGUUAUUAAAGUAUUAUAAAAAUCUGCUUUGUCUUGCAUUUGCAAAGAGAUGGAUGAGGACAUGAAACUACAAUUUUUAUGACCUCAAACCAAAAUUUGCCAUCACCUAAAACACAACCUGGCAUUUUGUGUCUGAACUAGAGAGGAAAAAAAAAUACUUGGUAAUAUUCUGAGUUUUGUAAAAUGCUAAUGAAUGUACUCACUUUUAGAGAGUCGAAUGUAUACUGACCGUGAAAUUAAGCCAAUAGUAUGCAAAUAUAAAUUGCAUGUGCUUUCUGUGCAAGUGUGAGUUAGGGGAUUCAGACCAUACUCUUCACAGAUGCAUCAAGAACCUCUGGUCUCAUUUCUAUCAGAAUCCUUUUUUCACCCCUAAAUAAUCCUUAUUCCAGUGUUCAUUUAUCAUUAAUACACCAUAAAGGAGGCCACAGGGCUGGGUCUUAUACCCAAGGAUUUGCUGUGUGUGUUUACUCUCAGUCCUGAGAAUCAAAAGCAACAGGAAGAGUUGCUUGCUGCUAUUUCCAUUUACUGAGACUCCUUCAGAGAGGCUCGGUGACCUAGACAUCAGAACAUGUCACUAGACCCUAUACAAUUUUGCUGACACCUUUCCCUGCAUGAGUGAUAUUCUGGCCUGUGCUAGUUCCCCAGUUAGACAAGGGGUUGCCACUCCUGCCUAUGGUAUGGAGGAAGGUGUGCCUGAUAAGUAAAAUGUGAAUGAAUGAGCUCACUGUGAUUCCACUGGCUGCAAACUGCUUGAUCUAUCAGACACGUGAGAUGAUGAUUGAAAUGAAAAUGGGUCUAAUCAUCCCUCUUCUGAAUUGGUUGACCACAAAGGCCUCCAGGUAGUGUGAUAACAUGAAAAUUCCAGUGACUGAACAGUAAAAGCAUUAUCAUUUGGGGCUGCUUUAAUUAUCUAAUCCAUAUUAAAGACAAAGUGUGGCUAGGGAUGUCUACUAUCUGGAUAAAUCUUCAUGAAAAGGUCACUCACUACUGAAUCAGCUUUGAACAUGGUCAAGUUGAUUUCAAAAGAACUUGCUCUUUCUACCCAAUAGGUAAAACAUUCAGGAUUCACUAACAAAUGGAGUAGGCAGUCAUUGGGUACCUAGUUGUGGCUUGGAUGCCAGGUCACUGGGGAGAUACUCGUUGCUACACUGCUCCCCUCUGACAUUCUUCAGUCCUUCUCAGUAGACUUCUACCCAGAGGUCUGACUUCCUUAAUACUUCUCUGCCCUCAAGAUCAGAUUAUCACAUUAGCCAGGAGCUAGCAAACUCUACAGAACAAGACAUUUUAACCCACACAGUUCCUGUUGCAAUCACUCAACUCUACCACUGUCACACAAUAUAGACAGUAAGCAUGCCUGUGUUCCAAGAAAACACUAUUUACAGAAACAGCAAGCAUAAGACAGGAUUUUGCCCAAGGGACGGCCUCCUCACUCCUGACGGCAAACGACAAGGAAACACCAUGGUGUCUAAGAAACAGACUAAAUGCUGCCUUUCCUGUGAGUGGGAUUUAACUUGGUAGGAGGAAUGCCCUCCUUUUGCACCACCAAGCAGAUAGACAACUCUCAAGGAUGCUCCUUCAGACACACCUCACAGGAUCAACUGCUCCAACACCACGGGACAGUCAUGUUUUGAGAGGAAAAUUCCACAGUGCCUUAACUUCACUAAUAGAUGAAAAGCUUCAAGACACUGAAGGCUAAGAUUCAUUUUAUGCAGUGUGCACAUCUAACACCAUCUUUGUGCCAAAUAUAUCUAUUUUAUAUGUUACCUUAAAAUAUUGUAUACGGUUAAGCAGAAGUCACUGUGUAAAGAAUGCUUUCUUCUACACAAAGAACAUACCAUGAGCACUAAUUUUCUAUCUAUUAAGUCUGUGGGUCACUGGUGUUCAGGCUUGUGUUUCUAUUGGUUUUGUCUUUAAUUUGUAGGGCUUAAUACUAACAAUUUAUAAAAAUCUGAUUGUCAUUUUUAGAGCAUUUUAUUUUUCUACAGUGAAACUAUAUAUAAGAACGGGAACUUUAAUAGCAAGCUUUGUUUUAGUAUUGUUGUGAGUUUAACUAGAGUUGAUUUAUUUUUAGUUGGGGGGAGGUUAACCUAACUAAAUCUGUUAAGAUUAUUUUUCAAUACAGCUUUGUAGAAAACUUCAUCUUACCGCUGGCUUUGUUUGAGUAAAGUCCACAUCGUACAAAUAUCUAAACUUAAACUUUUCAGUCUCAUUAACAGUACAGGGGAAGAGUCACCCACCUAUUGUUCAGUAAAACCCAGGAAACUACACCCUCUUACCAUCUGCAGCUAUAAGGAGAGCUCUUUAGCUGCUGCUUAAGAUUAGAAUCUCAUCAUCUUUCAAUUUGAAUACCUGCCAACUUCUCAAACUGAAAAAAAGUGUUCUAAAAAUAAAGAGGAAUGAUUACUCA